UAUCUAACUUAUAUUGUGACUUUUUUAUAUCUCAAUCAUGCAUUUAUUUAGAAUUUAUUUUGCUAUCCUGUGAAAUGAGGGUCUGAUGACUACCUAAUUCCUCUUUUAGAUUGACCAUCAUCGUUUCUGAUGGAAGAAGCAGAGUUGAGAAUUUUUUUUUAAUAAAAUUUUUUUUUACCAGAAGAAAUAUUGACACUAUUUCCUUAUUUCUUUCAGAUUAUCUUAGCCUGCAAAUGAACUCAUCUUCAAAGCAGACUAGUUGUAUGGAAAUAACCAAGGAAGGAUUCAGAAAAGAAGUCACCUGGAAUUCUAAAAUGAGAGAAAUUUGGGAAUGUGAUAUCAAAUUAGAGAGGCAAGAGAGCAACCAGAAGAAACAAUCCAGACAAGUAAUAAACACUCCCAGAAAAACAUGUGAUGAUUAUAAUACAUUGGUGGAAAGUUUUAGCCCAGGGUCAGUCUUUGUUCCACAACAGAAAGUUACUACAGGAAAAGGUCUCCUUAAAUAUAAUCGUAUCUCUUUAGGGAAAAAGCUUUCUAAAUACAAUAAAUAUAGGAAACCCUUUAGUUACCACUCAGACCUUAUUCAAUUUCGAAUAACAAAUUCUGGAGACAAAUCAUAUAUAUGCCAUGAAUGUGGAAAAGCCUUCAGCCAGAGAAGAUACCUUAUUGAACACCAGCGAAUUCAUACAGGACAGAAGCCCCAUAAAUGUAAUGAAUGUGGAAAAGCCUUUAUCCAGAGAGGAAACCUUACAUCUCAUCAAAGAGUUCAUACAAGAGAGAGACCCUUUGAAUGUAAAGAAUGUGGGAAAGCUUUUAGUCAAAGGGGUCACCUUACUGAACAUCAGAGAAUUCAUACUGGAGAGAAACCCUUUGAAUGUAAAGAAUGUGGGAAAGCCUUUAGUCAUAGGGGCCAUCUUGCUGAACACCAGAGAAUUCAUACUGGAGAAAAACCAUUUGCAUGUACUGAAUGUGGAAAAGCUUUUAGCCAUAGAACAUCCCUUAUUUAUCAUCACAGAAUUCAUACUGGGGAGAAACCCUUUAAGUGCAAUGAAUGUGGGAAAGCCUUUAGUCAGAGGGGAAACCUUACUGAACAUCAGCGAAUUCAUACUAGAGAGAAACCCUUUGAAUGUAAUGAAUGUGGGAAAGCUUUUAGCCACAGGGGUCAUCUUACUACACAUCAGAAUAUUCAUACUUCAGAGAAACCAUAUCUUUGUAAUGAAUGUGGAAAAACUUUUAGUCAGCGAGGAAAUCUUAUUGAACAUCAGCGAAUUCAUACUGGUGAGAAACCCUUUGAGUGCAAUGAAUGUGGAAAAACCUUUAGUAGAAGGGGAUAUCUUCCUGAACAUCAGAGAAUUCAUACUGGAGAGAAACCAUUUCAGUGUAGUGAAUGUGGAAAAGCUUUUAGUCACAAAGGAAGUCUUACUGAACACCAGAGAAUUCAUACUGGAGAGAAACCUUUUCAAUGCAAUGAAUGUGGGAAAACCUUCAUCAAAAAUUCGCGUCUAGCUCAACAUCAGAAAAUUCAUACUGGAGAGAAGCCAUUUGAAUGUACUGAAUGUGGGGCAAUGUUCAGCCAGGAAGAGAAACUUAUUGAACAUCAGAGAAGGCAUGCUGGAGAGAAACCUUUUGAAUGUAAAGAAUGUGGGAAAUUCUUUAGUCGGAAGGGUUACCUUACUGAACAUCAGAGAAUUCAUGCUGGAGAAAAAUCAUUUGAAUGCAAAGAAUGUGGGAAAUUCUUUAGUCGGAAGGGUUACCUUACUGAACAUCAGAGAAUUCAUGCUGGCAAUAAAUCCUUUGAAUGUGGUGAAUGUGGAAAAGCUUUCAGCCAAAGGAAAUACCUUACUCAGCAUCAGAAAAUCCACACUGGAGAGAAACCCUUUGAAUGUAAUGAAUGUGGAAAAGCCUUUAGACAAAGGGGACACCUCACAGCACAUCAGAGCAUUCAUACUGCAGAGAAGCCCUUUGAAUGUAAUGUGUGUGGAAAAGCAUUCCGACAGAGAGGAAGUCUCACUGAACAUCAAAGAAUGCAUGCUGGAGAGAAACCAUUUGAAUGUAAUGAAUGUGGGAAAGCAUUUAGUCACAGGAGCAGUCUUACUGAACAUCAAAGAAUCCAUGCUGGAGAAAAACCUUUUGAAUGUAAUAAGUGUGGGAGAGCCUUCACUCACAGGAAAUCCUUCAUUUAUCAUCAGAGACUUCAUAGUGGAGAAAAACCAUUUGAAUGUAAUGAAUGUGGGAAAGCCUUCAGUGACAACUCUUAUCUUACCUUACAUAAGAGAAUUCAUACUGGAAAGAAACCCUACAAGUGUAAUCAUUGUGAGAAAGCUUUUAGCCAGAGAGGAAACCUUACUGAACAUCAAAGAAUACAUACUGGAGAAAAACCCUUUGAAUGUACUGAAUGUGGGAAAGCCUUUACCCACAGGAAAUCCCUUAUUUAUCAUCAGAGAAUUCAUGCUUGAGUGAAAUUUACUGAGUACAGUAACUGUGGGAAAUCUUUUAGCCACAGCAGAUACUUUAAUUCAUACUGGUGAGAAGCUUUUUGAAAGUAAAAAUAUGAAAAUCCUUUUGUCUAUAAAAGGAAGCUUAAUGAAUAUUAGAGGAUUUAUACUGCAAUUAUGAUAAUCCCUGAUAUUAUCAGAAACUUUAUAAUAUUAAAAAAUUAUAUAUAAGUAAUGCAUGUGGGAAAACCAGUAGUAACUGAAGGCUUAGAAAGCACCAGAUAACUAAUUAUAGGAGAGCCUUCUGUUAUUUACUUUAAAAAGUUUUAGAGUAGUUUAUCCCUCAUCAUAUGUUAGAGACUCCAUAUAAGAUUAUCAGUAGAAUUGUGAUGCCCUACAUAGAAUCGUUUUGGACCCAGGAAAACCAGAGUUCUAGUCAUGCCUCAGACAGUUACUAGCUGUGUAACUCUGGACGAGUCACUUUAUUGUUCUCAGCCUCAGUUUUCUCAUCUGUAAAACAAGGAUAGCACCUACCUCACAGGAUUGGUGUAAGGAUCAUAUGAAAUCAAAUAGGAUAACAUAUAAAGUGUUUUUGCAUACCUUAAAACAUUAUAUAAAUGCUAGCUGUAUGUAAUAAUGUGGGAAAUGCAUAAUGAAGCCCUGUCAGGUUUUUUUUUUCCUUUAGGGAAGGGAGAGAAAUACAGACAGUUGUUGCUUUCCAUAUGUGUGCAUUAUGUAAAUAUGACUUCAGAUGGGUGGGCAGCAAGUCCUCAGGACAGGGGUCCUCUCCAAGCACUGAAGCCCCUCUAGCUGUGAGAACUGUAAGCACUGAAGCAGCUUGGGUUGCUAGGACGUAGUUUCAGGAAGAAGGAGAAGUCUGCAGAAAGUAGAUGAGAAUUUUCUGUAUUAGAGAAUUAAAGAUGGCAGAGUUUGUCACCUCUGAGGUCUAACUUUUCUUCCUAUAAUAUAUACUAGCUGCCAUCUGAUGGCUUAAUUACGUGAAUUAGUAUAGCCAGCGUUUGCGUGCAGAAAUGGGAUCUAAAUUACAAUAUAUUUUUUAAACUAUUCAGUAAAGUCACUGAAAUAUCAUAUAAUUAUAUCUUUUGUAUUCUUUAAAAAAUAAUCUAGUUAUAGUUAAGACAUAAUCUUAAAGCAUAUUACAUUGGAAAAGAACAUCAGAGAUAGCCUUAAAGGACCUGAAUUAAAAUUCCUCUGACAUUCCCUCUGUGACAUAGGACAAAUCACAACCUCUCUUGUGACUGUUGGUUUGGUUUUUUUUUUUUUUCAUCUGUAACCUAAGGGGGUUGGACUAGAUGGUCUCUAAGAUCCCUUCACACUCUAUAUCUAUGAUUGUUAUAAACUGUUAAAUAGAGUUUUCUCAAUAAAAAAAAAAAAGCAAGUCAAUGGUAUCAAACAAAUAACAAAAAUGCCCUCUUUGAUUUUAUUUGCCCUUCAGAAUUCUUUCUUUUGCAUGAUUUACCACUGUUGCUGCUUCUGCUGUUUUAAUGUUAUUGGAGAAAGCUCUGGACUAGGAAUCAGAAAAAGGAGAAUUCAAUUCAAAUUCCAUUUUCUACACUUUUAAGUGGUGUGACCCUGUAAAGGUCAUUUUUAUCUUUUUGAGCUUUAACAGUUUUAUCUUUAAAAUGGGGUGAUGAUAAUACUCCAUAAAAGCCUUUCUCUGGUACCUUGUGCCAUGAAGAUCACCCUGAUUUCUCAACAGGGCAGUGUAAAACAAAGUGAUUUCUGACAGGUUAUACAAAAUUGAAAAUACCUCAUGACAUACUUUAAUCUUUCUAAGGUACAGUAUGAUUUAAGUAUGUGGAGGAUCACCAACAGUAUUUUGGUAAUUUGUUGAUUAAUUUUGUGGUCAUAGUUGUUCACAAAACAAAGCAAAAAUAUAGCCCCCAAUCUUGUAAUUUCCCAUUUGCUUCUAAAAGAAUGGUGGCAAAGUCAUAAAAAAUGUGACAAACAGUUUUGACAAUUUUUAUGUCACAUAUAAACUUUAACUGUUAUUGCUAUUAAUAAGAAAUUAUUAGUAAUUAGCAACUUAUUCUUUAUCUUUUCUUCCUUACAUUCCCACUCCUGGCACUGAUAUGACUUUUUCUUGAAGAUAACACAUCUCUCAUCUCCUGAAAUGCCUUUUUUCCCUUCUCCUUGUCUCCUAGUAUAGUAAGUAUUACCAACAAAUUUCUCAUUCUCCACAUUUCCAAAUUAUCCCUUUGAAGUUCAUGGUAAUUGUAUGACCCUAACCCAGUCAUUCUACCAAUCUAGUUUAUAUUCAGAUGCACAUUUCAGCAUUUGACAUAUCUUAUUCAUCCCAUUUUUAGUUCUCUUAUCUUAGAUGUUUAAUACUCAUAUCUGAGCUUUGUUUUUUCCUGGCCUCUUAAUUCACCAGUGCCCUCAACUACUAUGACCUCUUUUCACUCUGUAGUCACUUCAUAGAAGAUAGUCUUUUUUUUUUUUUUUGCCUCAUCAUGAAAGCUUUUCCCCACAUGCAAGUGCCUGAACUCUGACAUUUUCCUUCUUGCUUACUAAUUUGAGACUCAGAUUUGAAAGGUUCUUGAGCAAUAAUGUAGUCCAGUCCAUUCUUGAAUAACAACUUUGCAGCAGGGCUCCAUAAUUAGGGAUUAUUUGCCUUUUCAUUAUUUUGGAUAACUUUUUCAAUUGGUUUCCUUGGAAAUAUAUAUAUGUUUUAUACUAUUUUAAAAUAAUAUUAAAAAAAUAAAUUGAGAUGGGCUUCUUCAGAUGCCAAAAGAAUCUAAACACGCACACGUAGUGGUUAUCAUUUACUGUACAGGCAAACCCACUACUUUGUGAGACAAUCCAUUUAACCAAUGGAUCACUCUAAUCAUUAGGAAGUUUGUCCUUGUGUCAAGCCUAAAUUUCCUCUUUGUGACUUUCAUUCAUUGGUUCUAGUUCUGGUUUUCUAGAGCCAAUUAUACUUACUGGUUUUAACCAGGAUAAUACCUUUGUGAGAGCCCUUCAAGUACUUGACCAUUAGCAUAUUUCCUCUCUUUUUCUUAAGCUAAACAUUUCCUCAUCUGGCAGGAACUUAAGACUUUUAAAUUAACCUUCUUGUUCAUCUUCUUUGGACACUUUCAAGUAUAAUUACUUUUGCCUUAAAAUGUGAUUCCUGAGGGCAGGUGGGUGGCAUAAUUAUAUGAAUAGAGUAUCAGACCUGGAAUCAGGAAGAAUUAACCUUCCUAAGUUCAGAUCUGGCCUCUGGAGAAGGAAAUGGAAAGCCACUUAGUAUUUUUUGCCAAGAAUGCCCCAAAUGGGUUCACAAAGAGUUGGACAUAGUUAAAAAUGACUGAAAAAAAUUAAAACAAUGCAUUAUAUGUGAUUUGACUGUCAUAUAACAAUCAUGCUAUCAUCAUCCAAGGUUUAAAUACUAUGUCUCUUAACAGGUCCUAAUUCGGUAUUUAGUUUCUUGGAGGUUGUACCAGUCAUAGUGUUUCCUAAUUUGAAGCUUGAAGUCAACUACAAGCAUCACUUAUUUUUCAGAUGAAUUCUUUUUAAACAGUAUUCCUCAUUUUGAAUUUAUGAAGUUGCUUUUUAAAAAGUCCAAGACUUUACUUUAUUAAAUUAAAUCUUUAAAAAAUUCUCUUCAUUCUAUUAUGUAUCACUUUUCACUUUAAAACAUUUGACGUUAUCUCAGAAUCUUAGGGGUGGAAGGGAUCUCAUAGGCCACUAAUAUCAAGUUCCUGGACAAGAAUCUUCUAAGCAGAAUUAAUUUACCCAUGGUCAUCUUGUCUGUUUGAAAACCUUUAGAGGAUGGGGUCACUUUGCUUUAUGAAAAAAGUCAUUCCCUUGGUAUUGCUCUGAUUUUAAAGAAGUUCUUUUUCUUAAAUUUUAUUUCUGUCAUUUCCACGCUUUACUCCUCUGGGAUCAAGUUGAAGAUAUUUAAUCUCUCUUAAUUCAGCCCUUCAAACAUUUCAAAACAACGUUUCUUUCUUUCUUUUUUUUUUUUUUUUUUUGGCUAAAUAUCUCAGAUGGCUUCAAUCAGUUCCUCAUCCAUAUACUAUCUCUAUUCGUUGUGGGUAAGUCACUUACACCUUGGUUUCCCCAUCUAUGAAAUGGGAAUAAUAGCAACUACAUUGAGUUGUUGUGAGGGGCAAAUAAAAUAUUUUGUAUUUUGUACAUAAAAUAUUUUGUAAGCCUUUGUAAAACUUCAGCUUUAGGAUUUGUCCUUCCAGUGAGUACUCUUUCUUGACUGAUUACCUGGGAAGCUAAGUUGCAUAGUGAAUAGAGGACUGGGCCUAGAAUUAUGAAGACUGAGUACAAAUCCAGCCUUACACACUAACUUUGUGACUCUUAACUAUCUGCUUCA